CCAUGUAUGAGUUCUAUAAGUCUUCAGUCACACUAUCGUGGUGCAAAGCAUAGAAAGAAAGAGAAAGCCCUGAGACCCAAGACUGUCUAUUUAUCUUUUGAACCUCUCAGCCUUUUUGAACCAAGUUGAUCAAGGGUUCCUGAAAAUACAACUGCACAGAGGAGAGUGAUGGUGUCAGUACUCUACUGCGGGAAGUGCUGCAGGCUGAGCUCAACGCAUCCUGGACGCUGAAGACUCAGCACAAGAGAAACAUUUAGAAAAGCACUGGUCAGAGACCAUUUUCUAAGAGACUGGGCUUCAUUAGCCACUCUGUGAUUGGGAGUUGACAAGAGAAUAUCAGUAUAAGACAUAUCAUUCAAGUGUGCAAACAGUUACGAGGCAAAAUGUCUCAGCAGACACGAGUAGUGCAGAUCUUCUCUGUUUAAAAAUACUGGUGAUGAAGCUCUUGACAAUUUCUACAAAAGUUCUGAAAACAUAUAGGUAUCCUCAAAAACCAAUGGAUUUGAGCAGUCCAAAACUGUGUUUAUACCUUGGCAACAACAACAGAUUUGUUUGGCUAUGGGCUAGUGUUUUUAGUGGAAAACAAUUUCUAGAGACUUCCUUGUAUUUCUCAUCAGAAGUGGUCAUGAAAAGUAAUACUCGUUAACUGAAGAGGAUCUUGCUUCAGGACCAUAAAAUCUUGUUUUGGAGGAGUAAUGUAAAGGAUGCAUGGGACAAAGUGAGACUUCAGUAAGAGGACAGAAGGUGAGGCAGCAAGACUGUAAAAAGAGUGGUGGAAUACAGGAGCUGGUUGCAAAGACCUGUGCCUUUAGAAAAUGGAACUGCUUAAUAUACUGCAAGCUCAGCAUUCCACGGAGAAUUCAGGUUAAGAACGUAUGCUUGUUAUAAACACCGCAUCUCUGGCAAUGUCACAGGUUAGAAUCCUUCAACUGUGAUCUGUCUUACAGAAUGAGAGGAGAUGUUAAAAUAUCUGAUCAUUAAAGUGAAGAAUCUAGACGUGAAACUGGUAAACAGAGCUAACUCCUGGAGGAAUCCCACCAUCACAGGAUACCACAUGUCAGAAGCAUCACAAGAUGUGCUUUAAUUCGGAAAGUUCUAUGCCUCAGUAGUCAUUUUUAAUCAACCAACAUCUCUUACUUCUAAUAUUAAAUGAUUAUUCAUACUAUCGAUGUCUCCUUUAUACUAAUUUAUCCAUAUUGCAUUCUGCUUCACUGAAGAUCCAGGUGUGGGAGGGCAAUUUGUGAGCCACUGUUUGGGUUUAUUUGUCAAGGCUGAAAUUUGGCCUGAUGAAGCUUAUUUGUAUGUUUUAGUCGUCUGGUUGUUUUUUGGUUUUUUUUUUUUUUUUAAACAGGUAGAGAAUCUGGCCACCUGAGUAACUUUUCAGUGAUGGCAAUUUAGAUUUCAUUUUGAGGACUGCAAUGCAGAAUUACAUAUUCAAUAUAUAUGCAUAACUUCUCAGAAUUCUCACAUGGACAUAUUACCAAUUACACAAAUAACUCUCCCUCAACAGCCAGUGGGUCUAGGAAAUUCAUUGUACUCUGUCACUGAGAUACAGGAAUAAAUUCUGAAUUUGCUUGGCUUUUGUUUUUUCAUUUUAAAUAGUUGAUUUUUUUCUACGGUUUGCAGAUAUAUAUAUAUAUAGUAAGCAUGAACAAAAAUUAUACUGCAUUUAUGGAGUUAAGUAGUGAAGUCUUGUGAAUAAGCGUGGCAAGCAUGGAUAUUCUUAAAUUAGGUGCACUAGGUCAAGUAUGAGUCUGGUACUACUUCAGGAUAUAAAUUAAUGAGAUGCUCCUGUUAUUGCUGUUUGAUCUGCAAUCUUAUUCUAAUGUUCAUGUUGUCAAAUACUCCAGUGAGACUGAAAUGUGGCAGCAUAUUCACAGAGCUGGAGUACAAAGAGCCAGGAACAAAAUUGUAUGGAUGUUGUCAAAGUGAAGGAUGAGUUUUCUUGGAAAUCACUUGGGACAAAACCUGACAAGUAUCUGAAAUGUACACUGUUUAAGAAGAACAGGUUUCAAGAAGAACUCUCUUUCAGGAAGAACUUCAGAAGAUGAGGUCCUCCAGCUCCAGUCCGAACUCCGAUGAAGUAUGAAACACAGAGACCAGUGAAGAGAGGACUCACAAAGGACAUAACCUGUCUUAAGGAUUUCAUGAAUGAUCCCAAAAGAGAAGAACCUCUAGUUGGUUUGGAACAUGUGGUUGAAAUCAGAUUUGAAGGAAGAAAAGAGCCACAUUAUGAGUGCAGGCUUUGUGGGUUUAAUACAGAGAUGGCACCUAUGAUAGAACAUCUUAGUGGAUAUAAACACAGAAGAGCAUACAUUUCUAAAGAAUUUCCAGAUAAAAUGAAGAGGAAGACAACAGAUGUAAAAGAAUGCAAAGUCUCAUUUCUCAGACGGAUAGCAGGAGAGCUAGAGAAGACUGAAGGAUUAAAAAUGUAUAAGAUUGAAGGUUACAUAAGACCAAGUACCUCACCCCCAUCAAAGAAGAAAGCAAGGUGGGAAGAUGAUUUUAAGCAUGAGAAUGAUCCUGUUCGGAAACAGAAAGCUCUAGAAUUCUUGGAGACUUUUCAUAUCACCUCAGACUCAGAAGCAACACUUGUUGUUCAUAUUACACAGGGACUCACAGAAGCUUUGAAGGCCUUUUGUGAAAAGAAAGCAGCAGUUAAUUAUACUAACAGUUUGAGGCCAUUGAUGUCAAUAUCUCAAGGUGAAUUCCCAGGAAGGAAAAGCAUCCCAAAACACUAUAAGCCAUACGGAAAAUCCAAAGUGCCAUUUAUUUAUUCAUUUACGUAUGCAGGAAAUUGUAACUGGAAUCAAGGCUUUUUGUCUCAGUAUGAAGAGUGUUCCGCAGAUGCUUCUUUUGCUCCUGCUAACUCAUACAGUUACCAAACAGGUGAUGGAUCGUCUUCCUAUGGGCUAAGACCUAAUGACUUUGCAACGAUGUCUGCACUCAGGGACUCUUUUGCUCUUCAGACUAGAAGUCCUGCCAGUGGCAUCAGUGAAUGGCUGAGACAGUUCAGCCGAUCGGCUUCUGGCAGUAACUCAGCUGGCGGGGCCUCUUCCUACGAGACAAGUCCAGUGAGUGAGUACUCGGCAGAAUAUAUGUCCAACGAUGUGCGAGGAAAUAAGCUCUCUGAUAACAGAAUCUCAUAUGGCAGGGAAAGUACAAGUUGGAGGAAUCAACAAGAAUGCUUAAAAGCAAGGAGUCUAAGCAAUCAAGGAUUACCCUAUCCCAAUUCUGCCUCAUAUCCUUCAUCUGGAAGAUACUCCACGAACUAUCCUUCGCAAAGCUAUUCCUCUUAUGAGAAUGAUGAGUCUGUGGAUACUUGUACAUUUUCUGCAAAUUCUGCUGUUUCAGGAAGAGGUGGCUCCAGGUGGCACCAGGACUCGAGGUGGAAUGAGAACUCGAGGUGGGACUGGGACUCUAGAUGGAACCAGAGCUCUAGCUGGAACCAGGAGUCCAGCUGGAACGAGGAAUCUAGCUGGAACCAGGAAUCCAGGUGUCAAGGAUUCAGACAUCGGAACUCAGGCUACAGGAACGAUUGGGGUUCACAUCAGUACUCGUUUUCUGGCAGUGGUUCGUACAGAGAUUACCAGCCGUUCCAAAGCUCAGAUAAGAUGUUUGAUGAAGAUGCUGUUGGUCUUGCUCCCAACAUUUUGAAUAGACUACGAGGGAAGGAUAUACCUACAAUGACCAGGAUGCUCAAACAGUUGGCUCCAUAUUAUCCAGCACUUCAAAAACUAAAUAUUCAGAUGUUAGUCAAUGUGCUAGUAGAAACUAGAGGAAAAGAUUAAGGAGCAACAACAGCUGACCUGGAAAUGUGAACAGAUUCAAGGAUCUCCAUCUCUUGGCUUCCAGGAAAGAGACUGCAUUUAAUUCUGCGUUUGACUGGGUUUGGAAGGGGAAAGGGAGGUAGGGUUUAAUUUUUUAACAUGUGAAAUAUAGCUGGAACACAAACUUGCACAUAACGGAGGUGAACAUACUAUUUUGUUUAGGCUUUUUUAAUGUAUUUGUUAUAUCUUAGUAUAUUACAGAAAAAAUCUUUUGUUAUUUUUUGAAAAUAUGUUAAUGUUAUUCUGUCAGCAAAAAGCUAAUAACCCUUUUAACACCCUUCCCAGCUCGGGGAAAAAAGAAAGGUUUACUUUUAUGUCAUCUGCUUAGGAAGAAAAUUCACUGAAAAUACAGGCCCAUUGCAUGAACAUACAGGUUUACUUUUCUUAACACAAAUGUAAGGCCCAGUUCAGUUAACUUAAGGCUUCAUAAUUAGCAUAUUUUUAGAAACCGAUACACUACAUUUCUGUUUAGACAAAGAAAGGAGAAUGUGACAACAAAGGUAUUCUCUGUCUUAAUGUGAUGCUAUAUGAGGAAAAUGGAAUCUGUUCUAGGGGACUGGUGUGUCACAGGGCAUGUUACUUGCUUUCAUUUUUGCACAGUAAAAAGAGACGUGAAAUACAUGCAGAUUUUUUUAAUCAUGUUGUUUAGAAUGAAAUGGUUCCGAAACAACUUAAAAACUCAUUUGGUUGAUCCGUACUAAAAUAAAAAUUCUUGAUUCUUUCUAUUGGCAAAAACUUACUAAGAAAUGGUAGAACCUAUUAGGCAAUCAGAUAAAACAACAGGGAAAAAUAAAUAAUCAAAAUGACACGCUAACUGAGAAAUACUUAGUUUGUGAUGUUUAUCAGUGGUCCAUGCUUGUGUUUUCUUUUCCCCACACUGGUAAGCCAUAUUGCUCAUUGGGGGUUGGACUAGAUGACCUCUAGGGGUCCCUUCCAACCCAAAACAUUCUAUGAUUCUAUGAAUGCCUAGCUUUAGAUGUCUACUUCAUAUAAUCCAAUCCAGCUUAUCUGUGGCUAAAGAAAAGGAGUAAAGUGAGACGGUUUACUCCCCAGUGUCCAUUUUCAUUUUCACUGCUGUGUUGUGGACUGUCAUUCUCCUCCUCACCCACACCUGAAGUAUUUCUGUCUCUGCAGUCAAUACUUGUGCUAAUCCAGGGUUACUCUUCAUGAGCUGUCACGUAUCUUUUUGCAUUCAUUAACUUUUUGGAGCUUGUCAUGUGAAUUGUAACACAAAGGCAACAAAGCAAUUAAUGACAGUGUAAAAAUUCAAUUCCCUAAAGUUGUUCUUCUGUAAUUGUUUUGCUUGUGCAUCAGAAAAGACCCACUUUCCUGUUUCAUUCCUGUUCACUGUUUCCAUUUCUCCUUCUCAUACUUACUGAAGGGUUUAAGAAGUUUCUAAUGGCAUAGACUCAGUAGUUGUGCCAUACACAACACUGAUCCAUUGAAUUACAUAGUAGACCUUCUUUCUUAAGGGGGAAAACUGUUAUUUUCUACCACGGGUGUCUGCCAGAGUUUUAAUUUAAAACUCUGUGAGACUGAUCAGUUAUUACCUAUGUUUAAAAAGCAUCAGAAAUUAUUUCUACGAAUGUUACUACCAUAAUUUUUUUUUUCCAUGGAAAGUGUAGUGCAGCCAAAAUUCUGAAAUUGUAGAAAAAUGUUGCUAGAAAAUGUUAGUGCUACAGCUCUGUCAAUUCAAGUAACGACCUUUUCAUCGGAGGUUGUUGCACAGAGCUCUUUUUUCCUAUUUCUCACUCCCUUUGGGAUUUUACUGCCAUGGCUGUAUAUCCCAGUGGCAUACAGCAGCUGGGUGAUCUCUGCCCAAAUUAAAUGCUCUUUCUGCCUAUGCAUUCCCUUCUUAUUUGUCGUUCUGGGGAACAGUUCCUGACCCUGCUCGUUGUGCAGGGUCCUACAUUGGGGAAAUGGUUCUUGCAUUUUGAAAGGAAGUUGGAGUAGUGACCACAUUAAGAUAGGAAAACCUUUUCAGUGUUGAUUUCCUAAAGGUUUCCUGAGCUGUAGAUCACAUCUGGAGUCUUGUAAAUGCCCUUUGCUUCUCUGUUGGAAUUUUCAGUUCUUACCAAUAUCAGUGAAAUUCUUGAGAUGAUUGGUUCUUACACACAAGCAUUAUCCUAUAGGGAAUUCUUUUAAGCUGGUGGUAUUUUGUAAUAUAAACUCCAAGCCUGCCUUCUCCUUAUGUGCAAUUACUACCAGCAGUGUGUUCCUCUCAGUUUCUUCCAGUCACUUGGCUGAGCCAGUUUCAGCUGCAUCACUGCCUUCUCCUUAAUUCUCUUUUUAUCUUUCUUCUUUCCAAAG